CCAACACUAAGCUCUAACAUUGGAGUUGCAAGUGAUACGCGUUCGCGUUUCCACCCCAUAGCUGGACACCAACGUCCAGGACUUUUUAUGUGAAAAAGAAAAAAACAAAUACAAUAUAUUUGGUUUUAAAAAUAAAAAAGCAAAAAUCCUUAAAAGUGAAAAAGAAUAAAAAACAAAUCCUAAAAGAAAGAAACUAAAACUUAAAAUACCCAUUAUAAUGGCUCCCUCAUUACAAACCAGAUUAGUGUUAUUGAGCUCGCUAUGUUUACUAAUACCUGCGAGUCAAGCAGAAAUACGCAGUCGCCCCUCCAAAAGUGUUAGUGCAAAAAGUAAUAGCAUUCACGAUGGCCAUAACACACACAAGCAGUCAAGUGGCAAUAAUCCAGCGGAUAAUGACUCUUCGAGUGCGUCCAAGUCAGGUUUUUCCACAUCCUCGCAGUCGCCAGUGAAUACGGAUUUCAUCGAUAAAAUGUCUUGGAAAUGUGCCAACAAUGCCAGUUGCCUGUUCAACAUGGCCAGCGGCAUUAUUAAUUCUUAUCGUCGUGGAGAAACGGUCCAUUUGGGAUUCUUAGAUUUGGUUAAACUGCCGCCAUCGAAGAAGACCAAAUCGAAAUGGAAUGCCACUGAAACCGGUCGCAGUAUGUCCACAUUUGUAGAUUUUAUCAGUGGCAAUGCUAUACGGAUACCGGUCGGCCCCAUGGUCUUUAGUGUGCAACGUGACGAAGAUGAUGCCAACUACAUUGAAAUUGCACUCUUGAAGAAGGCAACCAGUAGUACAGCGCGCCACGGCAUAUUAGGAGGAGGCGGCGGUGGUGAUGGCGGAGGUGGUGGCCUGCUGGGUGGUAGCGGAAGUGGAGGCGGAGGAGGACAUGGUGGAAUUAUACAUCGGUUCAAGGAACGCCACGAAAAAGAGGAUAAAAAACAAAUGCAAAUGUAUGUGCCCAUGUAUUUGGCAGCCACUACUUUUGGUUGGACUUUGGUGGCUGCCAAAUUUGUUGGUCUGUUGACACUGAAAGCUCUGGCAAUUUCAAAAAUAGCUUUUGUGGUUGCUGCUAUGGUAUUGAUGAAAAAGUUAAUGGAUAAUGAUUCAGAAAAAAUGAUGUACCAAUAUCCGGAACACUCACCCUACAUGAUGCCCUACAGCAUGGAUUAUGGUAUGCACUCAAUGGCUGCGGGCCCCGGAGAUAUGGCAGGUUCUGAUAUGUAUGCCGGUGGCUUGCCAAUACAUGCUGCUGCGGUGGCACCACUGGGUGGUCAUGCUGGUGGCCAUCCGGGCCUGGAACAUUAUGCAGCUGAGAGUUCAGUACAUCAAAAUAUUGCCGAAGCCCAAAAUAAUACCCAAGUUCUGGCAGCGCUUAAUGCAGCCGGUUUGGGACAAAAAGUUAAACGUGAAGAUUCAUGGCUUGGUCGAACACCCCACUUAAAGCACUCCUUUGAACCUGAGUUAUUUUCACAAUCAUCACCAUUCUAUUUAAGAGAGAAAUACAAAAUAUCUUCAUUGAAUAUUUAUGAUGAUCUUAUAAAAGUUGCCGCCGUAGCAGCUGCCGAAGUCGUGGAAGAAAAUGAAAAACGUUUGCAAUGGAAAGCAAAUUUACUUGGCAUGGACGUCGAAGAAGUCGAGGAAGAGGAAGAAGAAGAUCAAAUAUUCAAUGAAGAAGAAAGUAUAAAGGAUACCUUGCAAUAUUUAGGAAUGGAUAUACGCAAAAGAAAAAGUAAUUGGUAGUUCUCAUAUAUUAUUUUGUAAAUAUGUAUUUGAAACACUCAAUCCACCAUAUAUAUGAAAAUCAAUGAUCUCGUUAUAAAUUAAAAUAAAAUAAACAUUUUUU